UAAAUACAUUGCUUUAUAAACGUCCAAGAGAUCAGUUCAUUUUUCAGAUAACAGACCAAGUCAUUAACUAAAAAUAAAUGUUUAACAGACUGCACUGAGUUGCUUUGGAUUUAAAGUUUCUUGAUUUUCUGUAAUAUACUCACAAACUGGAUAGGCUUCUCUUCUUCCUCUCCUCCUCUACCCCCAAAUAUUGAAGGUUUGUUAAGCAUCUUGACAUGCACGGAAAAUUUUUACUGUUUAUGGAUGGAAGAGGACAUGAACUUGAUUGACAUCCUUUGGAGGCAAGAUAUAGACCUUGGGGCAAGGCGUGAAGUUUUUGAUUUUAGUCAACGGCAAAAGGAGUAUGAACUUGAGAAACAGAAGAAACUUGAAAAGGAAAGACAAGAGCAGCUCCAAAAAGAGCAGGAGAAAGCCUUGCUGGCUCAGCUGCAGUUAGACGAAGAAACAGGUGAAUUUGUUCCAAUUCAGCCAGCUCAGCGUGUUGAGUCACAAAAUACUGAGCCACCAAGCAGUUUUUCACAGAACACACAUACUUCAAAACCAGAAACAGAAGCCUUGUCCUUUGAUGACUGCAUGCAGCUCUUGGCAGAAGCGUUCCCGUUUAUAGAUGACAAUGAGGUUUCGUCUGCUGCCUUUCAGUCACUGGUUCCUGCUCAGAUGGAUAGUAACCAAAUCUUCAUGUCUUCUAAUCAAACUCAGCCACCUGAAUCACCUGUUUUAGUUCCACUUACUGAUGCAGAGAAUAUGCAGAACAUAGAGCAAGUUUGGGAAGAAUUAUUGUCCCUUCCAGAGUUACAGUGUCUUAACAUUGAAAAUGAUAACCUGGCUGAGGUAAGCACAAUCACAAGCCCUGAAACGAAGCCAACAGAGAUGCACAACAGCUAUAAUUACUACAACUCUUUAUCCAUGAUGAGAAAAGAUGUUAACUGUGGUCCAGAUUUCCUGAAUAGUAUUGAGGGUCCUUUUUCCAGCAUUUUGCUACCAGAAGACACCAGCCAGCUGAGUGGGAACUCUUUAAAUAGCACGUCCACUUCAGGCUCUGAUUUCUGUGAGGAUUUCUAUGCCACCUUCAUUGAUACAAAGGCAGACAGUGACACUGCCACGACAAACACUAUCAGUCAGUCACUUGCAGAUAUUCUAAGUGAACCUAUUGAUCUUUCUGAUUUCUCGCUGUGUAAAGCUUUUAAUGGUGACCACUCAGGAACUGUACCAGAAUGUAACGAUUCUGACUCUGGUAUUUCAUUGAAUGCAAGUUCUAGUGUAGCAUCGCCUGAGCACUCUGUUGAGUCAUCGGUGUAUGGAGAUAAGACUUUUGGUUGUAGUGAUUCUGAAAUGGAAGACAUGGACAGCGCUCCUGGAAGCGUGCCUCAGAGCAAUGCAAACAUGUAUUCAUUGCAAUUUCACGAUCAUGUGCUUUCUUCCUUGGGGCCAAGCACUCAAACCCCUAGUUUGCAGCGUGCAAACACACCAAAGAAAGAACCACCUGCCAGUCCAGGCCACCCUAAAGCUCCAUUCACAAAAGAUAAACCUUCCAGCCGCCUUGAAGCUCAUCUCACAAGAGAUGAGCAAAGAGCAAAAGCUCUGCAGAUCCCUUUCCCUGUGGAAAAAAUCAUCAAUCUCCCUGUUGAUGACUUCAAUGAAAUGAUGUCUAAGGAGCAGUUCAGUGAAGCCCAGCUUGCACUUAUUCGAGAUAUACGCAGGAGAGGCAAGAAUAAAGUGGCUGCGCAAAACUGCCGUAAAAGAAAACUGGAUAUUAUAGUGGAACUGGAGCAAGAUUUGAGUAACCUAAAAGAUGAGAAAGAGAAAUUGCUUAAAGAAAAAGGAGAGAAUGACAAAAGCCUUUGUCAAAUGAAAAAGCAACUUACCACCUUAUAUCUUGAGGUUUUCAGCAUGCUACGUGAUGAAGAUGGAAAGUCUUACUCUCCUACUGAAUAUUCACUGCAGCAAACUAGAGAUGGUAAUGUCUUUCUUGUUCCUAAAAGCAAAAAGUCAGAGACUAAAUUCUGAAGGGCAGCACAGCUGGCUAGUGUUCGUCAAGUUAUUUUUGUACCAUUAUCCAGGCAGAUUUUACUGUGAGGUGGAAUGCAGAAUUAGGUAGUAUUUUUCAAAUCAUUCUAUGCAACAGUAAUUCUAAAGUUAAUAACUAGUUUAUGGAAGAUGCAGGUUUAAAACUAAUAGUGUAAUGCAGAUGUAUGUAUGCAAAAUUUGUAAUCUCACUUUUAUAACAGACGUUUCCUUCUUAUAGUACCACUUUGACUAGUUUCCAUAUACAUGUAAAUAUUUAAAGAUACCAUAUUUAUAUACUGUUCCUAUCUCUUGUUAUAUUCAUAGAUUUGAGAUAUAUAUAUAUAUAUAUAUAUAAAUGAUUUUAGCCUUCUAAAUAUAAUUUCUUGCAAGACAAACAGUAUGGCUUCUGAUACCUUUUUUUAUAAAUAUGCAAUAAUGUUUAUCUCCCGUUUUUCUUAUAUUUUUAUACUUGCUUUAUAUUUAAUAUAUAAUUUAGGAUAAAAGUUGACAAAGUAUGAUCUUGAUUUGUUUUAAAGUUCAUUAAAUUUUUUUUAAACUGUACUUCAUACACAUUUAUUUCCCUAAAGUAGGUUGUUUGCUGAUUCAGACAUCCUCACUAAUUUUCCAAGGACAAGUCUUCAUGCAACAAAUAUGCUAAUAAUCAGAGAUGUAUCACACAGCAUCGUCAGCAUUAUUGCUCCUUAGUUCAUCAUAAUUUUAACUGCCUUUGGAAGGACAGCGUAACACAAAUUUAAGUAAGUUUCAAGUCUAUGCUAAGUUUACAUAACAAUUUUUGUUUUACUCUUUGAGCACUACUUAAACUCAUGAUGGGAUCUUUUCUCCAAAGGCAUUUAAAAUCUGUUAAUUAAAACAUCAGCAGCACCAUGCAUUUUUUCCAACUAAAAAUUCUGUGUACUUCUCACUAAUUGUUCCAGAAAUGCACUAUGCAUCUCUGAUCAAUGAGCAUCAUUUGUCACUGCUAUUACUUUUGAGGUUAUAGAAGAAGACGACAUACUGUCAACUAACUGCACGAUCUGGGACCUGUGCUCAAUUAAUUGAAAAGCGUUGCAGAAUUUGAAAUUAUGAUUUGUAAGAGAAUAAAAAUUGGGGCAAAUAAAUAGAA